AUGCCUCCCAAACCUUCGGUCCGUGGAGAGUAUAUUGAGACGGAAACGGGAAAUAAAAUCAGUCGCCGUGCCGCCAUUCUCGGUCCCAAGCAUAUCAUUUUGGCAGGGAAAUGUGUGAUUCAACAAGACGUUGUCAUCCAUGGUGAUCUUGUCCGGCCACCCCAAGUAAAGUCCCCCGCGCAAUCAACAGAUCCGAAGCCUGCAAACCAAGAGCAUACCUCCAUCCACCUUGGCCGUUAUGUCUUCAUUAGUCCUGGCGCCACGCUUCAUCCGCCCUCGCGAUUAACCACGGUUGCAGACCCAAAUGGCGGGCAACCAAAACAAAUCAUGACCUAUUUUGUGCUUAGAAUAUCGGACUAUGUCUAUAUCGGUCCCAACACCCAUGUGAGAGCGGCAGAGAUCAAGAGCAAUGUCUAUAUUGGGGCCAAUUGCACCAUAGGGAAUAUGGUUAUGAUCAAGGACAACGUUAAGAUCUUGGAUGGAACCGUCCUACCAGCAAAUACGGUUUGGGCUGGAGGGUCCGUUAUUGCCGGCCGGCCAGGAAGGGUCAUAGGCGAGGUGGGCGAAGCAUGGGCGAGCACAGGGACAAGUGGCUCAACCGUGGAUGAAGGGGUUGGUGUGAGAAGCCGCGAACGGUGGGCUGCAGUUGGCAACAAGAGAUGA